AUGAUAAACCAUACAGAAAUAACAGAGUUCAUCCUCAUAGGCCUGUCAGAUGACCCGAAGUUUCAGGCUGUGAUCUUCAUCUUUCUGUUCAUCACCUACAUGCUCAGCAUCACGGGAAAUCUGACCAUCAUCACCCUCACUCUGCUGGACUCCCACCUUCAGACCCCCAUGUAUUUCUUCCUCAGGAAUUUCUCCUUACUAGAAGUUUCAUUCACAACUGUCAGCAUACCGAAGUUCCUGUGCACCAUUAUUUCUGGAGAUAAAACCAUUUCUUUUAAUGCUUGCAUUGCUCAGUUAUUCUUUUUCAUUCUCUUAGGAGUGACUGAAUUUUACCUUCUGGCCGCCAUGUCCUAUGACCGCUAUAUCGCCAUCUGCAAGCCUCUGCACUACAUGACAAUCAUGAAUCGCAAAGUCUGUAUCCUCCUCGUCUUCUCUUCCUGGCUAAUUUCCUUCUUAAUCAUAUUUCCUGCACUCAUGUUGCUCUUGAAUCUUGAUUACUGUAAGUCUAAUAUUAUUGACCACUUUACCUGUGACUAUUUCCCCCUACUACAACUUUCUUGCUCAGACACAAAGUUUCUAGAAAUGAUGGGCUUCUCCUGUGCUGUCUUUACUUUAAUGUUCACAUUGGCACUGAUAAUUCUGUCCUACAUAUAUAUAAUCAGGACAAUUUUAAGAAUUCCUUCUACUAGUCAGAGGACAAAGGCCUUCUCCACAUGCUCAUCACACAUGAUUGUCAUCUCCAUCUCCUAUGGAAGCUGCAUUUUUAUGUACAUCAAACCCUCAGCACAAGAAAGGAUGUCCCUGAGCAAGGGGGUUGCUGUGCUGAAUACCUCAGUAGCUCCCAUGCUGAACCCCUUUAUUUAUAGCUUGAGAAAUCAACAGGUGAAGCGAGCCUUCAUGGACAUGGCAAGGAAGACUUUCUUCCUCAAGCAAAUGAAAUGA